UACUUUCGUUUUGGGAUGGCCUUUCUUUCAUGACGUGCUUGCUUUGUAAAUGUAUUGGUGAACAUUUUUUACUGUGAUUUCAAAAAGUUCCGAUUCAUUUAAAAAUCAUAAUUCACAAAAAAUCUUGCCACAGUAGUUGGUUUGAGUCUUCUUUCAUGAGGGUGAAGGCCGUCUGAUCAAUAACACACAACAAGCAUGGCGGCCGCACCAGGACAGAAAUGCCCAAUGGUUAUUUUGGCAGGAAAUUCUCAUCCGGAGCUCGCGCAGCUGAUCGCAAGUCGGAUGGGAAUACGACUUGGGGACAUGACAGUUUAUCACAAAUCCAACAGAGAAACAAAUGUCGAAAUCAAAGAAUCAGUACGAGGGAAAGAUGUUUACAUCAUUCAGACUGGUACCAAAGAUGUAAACAAUGACGUGAUGGAGCUCCUCAUCAUCUCCUAUGCCUGUAAGACUAGCUGUGCUAGCACUAUUGUAGGCGUUGUCCCCUACAUACCAUACUCAAAACAGAGCAAAAUGAGAAAACGUGGCUCUGUGGUAUGCAAACUCAUGGCAACCAUGUUUGGAAAAGCAGGUUUAACACACAUCAUCACCAUGGAUCUACACCAGAAGGAAAUCCAGGGCUUUUUCGACAUCCCAGUAGAGAACCUCAGGGCCUCGCCCUUCCUCAUUGACUACAUAGAGCAGUCUAUACCGGAUUACAGAAAUGCCAUAAUAGUAGCACGAAAUCCUAACUCUGUGAAGCGUGCCACAUCCUAUGCUGAGAGGCUACAUUUGGGGAUCGCUGUAAUACAUGGAGAUGAUAAGGUCACAGAGACAGACUCUGAGGAUGGACGUAAUUCACCUCCGUUGCUGAGACAGACACACCACCAUAAAAUGGAAUUCGGUCUAGAAAUUCUACCAGUACUGUUGCCAAAGGAAAAGCCCCCUUUGAAUGUGGUGGGUGAUGUUGGAGGAAGGAUAGCUAUUAUAGUGGAUGACAUGAUAGACGAUGUACAAUCCUAUGUUAACAUUGCCGAGGUGCUGAAGGAUCGGGGGGCGUACAAGGUAUACGUAAUGGCCACACAUGGACUGCUGUCUUCAGAUGCACCCCGUUUACUAGAUGAUUCCUGUAUAGAUGAGGUGGUUGUGACCAACACAGUGCCCCACGAGAUCCAGAAGAUGCAGUGCCAUAAGAUAAGGACAGUAGACAUCAGUGUGAUGCUUGUGGAGGCCAUCAGAAGGAUUCACAACAACGAGUCCAUGUCUUACCUGUUCCGCAAUAUAGGCAUGGAAGACUGAUCUCUCUCACUGCUCUCUCCCACACUAACCGCACCACACAGUAAAUCACUCAUAUUUUUCACUGUCUCUUAACAAGCUUGAAAGUCUAGGUUUUUCUUGACAGGGUCUUUGUAAUAUCUGUGAUCCUCAUCAGGGUUUCUAGUAUAGUCUGGUGUCUUCCUCAGGGUCUCUAGUAUAGUCUGGUGUCCUCAUCAGGGUUUAUAGUAAAGUCUGGGGUCUUCCCCAAGGUUUCCAGUAUAGCCUGGUGUCUUCCUCAGGGUCUCCUGUAUAGUCUGGUGUCCUCAUCAGGGUUUCUAGUAGAGCGUAGUGUCUUCCCCAGGGUUUCUAGUCUGGUGCUCUCAUCAGGGUUUCUUGUACAGUCUGAGGUCUUCCCCAGAGUCUCUCGUAUAGUCUGGUGUCCUCAUCAGGGUUUCUAGUAGAGUGUAGUGUCUUCCCCAGGGUUUCUAGUCUGGUGUCCUCGUCAGGGUUUCUUGUACAGUCUGAGGUCUUCCCAAGGGUUUCUAUUCUAGUCUGGUGUCCUCAUCAGGGUUUCUUGUACAGUCUGAGGUCUUCCCAAGGGUUUCUAGUCUAAUCUGGUGUCCUUAUCAGAGUUUCUUGUACAGUCUUGGGUCCUCCCCAAGGGUUUCUAGUCUAGUCUUGUGUCCUCAUCAGGUUUUUUGUACAGGGUUUCUAGUAGGGUCUAGGGUCCUCAAUAUGUCUAGUAGAGUAUGGGGGUCUAAGGGUUGCUAGAAGUGUCAGCAGUCUUUCUCAGGGUUUCUAGUACAUGUAGUGGGUUCAAAAUCUAAAGUAGAGUCUGAAAUCUUCUUCAAGGUCUCAAGUUGAGUCUGAGUUUUUUCAUAGUUUCUAGUAGAAUCUGGGGUUUCCUCUAGGUCGGGAAUGGCUAGAGACUGUUUUUUUUCUAUCAGUUGAUAAUAUAUAGUCCUUAUCCUUCUCACAGUCUGUAGCAGAACCUGACACUCUUGUAACUUGUCUGGACAUGUCAUAUAUUAUUCGUAAGAAAGAUCAGUAAAUCUUAAAAACAAAAAACCAGAAAAGAAUCAUCCUGAUGAGUGUUACCAUCAAUAUGUUUGUGACAUGACAGGAAAUAUAAGUGGUUUACGUUACUUACUAAUAGAGGGUUUCACCAUCUCCUCAGUGAUUUGUGGUUCUGUGACAAGAUGUAAAUGAGAGGUGCAACCAUGGAAAAAUGAGAGUAGGGAAGUCUAUGGCAAGGGGUCACCAGCACAACUCACUACACUGGAACUCGAUCUGUUGGCAGAAAUGGGGGAAAAAAUAAAAACAUUUCAGCCACUUGUUUCUGUUCAAGGUUGUUUCCUUUUUUAAGGAGUACCGUAUGUACCCAUCCACUUCUGUGGGAGGAAUUCUACAGUAACCACAUGUCACAGAGGAGGUGACCUCAGUCCCAUUCCAUCUUUGUUGAUAUGGAGAGCAUGUUGUUCAAUUGUUCUGUUGUUCAUUCCUUGUUUCCGGUAUUUAAUGAAUUCAAAACAACAUAUGUAAUUCACAAAAGCUAGCACUAGAGACAUGAGUCAUAGUUUGCUUUGUUUGAUGUACUGUAAUUUGUAGAUACAUGUACUUAAAACUGAAUUUGAUCUUGCAUUAAGCAUUUAGUUUAGAGGUUUGAAAAUGCAUUUAAAGCCAAAGAGAUGAUACAUGUACAUGUAAUUUUAGAAUAUUUAACUAUUUGGGAAAAAAAACAUUGUACUGCAUAUUUCCCUGAUCUGUCUAUCAAUCCCCAGUCAAGGAAAUCUUGCUUUCAGUAAUUAGAAAGGCAAUCUGGCUGUCAAUCAUUAGACAGGCAAACCUGGCUGUCGAUCAUUAGACAUGUGCACCUGAUUGUCAAUUGAUGAUCCUUGCAAUGAGUUAUCAGACAGGGAAACCUGGCUGUCAAACAUCAAUGAGAGAAAUUUGACCAUCAAUCAUGAGACAGAAAAACCUGGCCUCCGGUAUUCUACAAAUGAAACCUAACUGUCCAUUUAUCAUCAAAUAGGGAAAUCUGGCUGUUAAUCAGCAAAUAUGGCCAUCAUUCAUUAAUCAAGAAUACCUUACCAUUUAUCAUCUACCAGAGAAACCUGGCCAUCAGAAAGGGAAACUUUGCCCUGAAUCAGAGUAUUGACUGUCGAUCAUCAGACAGGCUUACCUGGGCCUCAAUCAUCUUCACAACCCUGUCUGUGAAAAGAAAACCUUACUGUCAAUCUUCAUACAGGGAAACCUUACUGUCUAUCAUCAGACAGGGAAACCUUACUGUCAAUUAUCAGAAAGGGAACCUUACUGUCAAUCUUCAUUCAGGGAAACCUUACUGUCUAUCAUCAGACAGAGAAACCUUACUGUCAAUUAUCAGACAGGGAAACCUUACUGUCAAUCGUCAUACAGGGAAACCUUACUGUCAGUUAUCAGAAAAGGAACCUUACUGUCAAUUAUCAGAAAGGGAACCUUACUGUCUAUCAUCAGACAGGGAAACCUUACUAUCAAUUAUCAGAAAGGGAACCUUACUGUCAAUCUUCAUACAGGGAAACCAUACUGUCAAUCGUCAUACAGGGAAACCUUACUGUCAAUUAUCAGACAGAGGAGCGGUCUAAUAACUACCAGACAGAUAACUCUGUAAAUCUUACACAUAUCGUCACUUGUCCACUCUAUAAAGAUUUGUUUACAGAUCUCCUUACCUGUCCACUCUAUAAAGAUUAGCUUACAGAUCUCCUUACCUGUCCACUCUAUAAAGAUAAGCUUACAUAAGUUACAUGCUGACCCGUUCUCUGUACAGAGAUGAGCUUGCAUAUCUCCUUACUUGCUUUUCCACUCUAAGGAGAUAAGCUUACCUAUCCCCUGACCUAUUCUCUCUCUGGAGAUAAACUUGCAUGUCUCAUGAUCUGUCUUCUCUAUGGAGAUAAAGAUCUGACAAGUACUUGUCUAUUUGGUUUACAUUAUAUUUCUUAUUCCCUCUCUGUUCCCUACAAUCUUAGGGUAUUCAAUAGGUUUCACUGAGCAAAUCCACUAGUGGCAUAAAGAUGUUAUAGAAGAAAUAUUGAUAUUUUGGUAUUGUGGGCUGGUGAUGAUAUAAUAUUUUUUGGUAUAAUAGUAGAUUUUAAGAUAUUUUGGUUGCGAAAAUAUUUUUGUAUAUUACAAAAAUAAUGUAUGAAGAGAAUGUAGAAUGACUGAUGAGAUAUGUGUAACAUAUUGGCUACAUGUUUACUAUGAUGUACAUAGAUCAACUAAGUCUUGUAACUUUUUUGAAUAUGUGAAUUUAGCUAAGGUGUUUGUGAACAAUCCUUUUAUCUCUUUACCUGUAAUUAGGUUUCGGCAGCUGCAAGCAGAAUUUCUUGUGAUUUGGGUUAAUGUUAUGCUUGCAACUUUAUCAUUUGCAAAGUUUUUAAUGCAUCACUUAUCACUGCAGUUUAUCACACGACCAACAUGUUAUUUAGUAAUAACACCCAAGUCAUAUAUUUUGCAUAAUGUAAUGACCUAUCAGGGACCAAUCUGGGCAAAAUUCUUGACUAUUUGUGAGUUAAUUUCCCUGGGAGAAAAAAAAUCUUAUUCUCUUAAGAUUUUCUUCAUGCUGGAAAAUUAACUGAUAUUCUUCCAACCUAACAUUUUCUCUGUGUUUUUGAGAUUUUUCGUUGUCUAGGCAUUCAAGAAUUUUGUUAGAUAAAUAAACUGACAAAAAAAUAAACUGCAUAAAUCAUAUAGUUAGGAAGGAAUUACCAAUAUUUGUAAUUAAUUGUAUUAAAAGCAAUUGUAUUUUGUGAGGUGUGAAGUGGACAGCAUCUCCACUUAAUAAAAGAAUAUUUUUUUGCCGAAGUCCUAAAUUGGUCCCUGUCUAGGUGACGUACUGAAUGGGAGGAGGAAAUCACAUUAGAUAUUCUAAAUUAUCUGAUGACAUCAUAAUAAUAAUAAUAAUAAACUUUAUUUAUUGAGGAUACAAAACCUGUUUAGCAAAGCUAA